GAGCUAGAGCCUUUAUUCAAGAAGGCAGGUGUCUUGAAGCUCGACGUGGAGACGUGCGCGAGCAAGAUUCGCAUCUACACGGGACAAGAUGGCAGGUGCAAAGGCGACGCCCUCGUAACCUUUGCCAAUGCCGCGUCCGUGCAGCUAGCGGUCAAGUUCUUACACGAGUACGAGAUUCGCCCGGGCUGUCGCAUCUGUGUGCAGCAGGCAGAUUUCGAGGAAGUCGAGAAAAAGAACGCGAAGCUGUCGAAAGAAGAGCUUAAGGAGCUCGCCACGACUCGCAAGCCGGAUGCCGACCGGGCGAAGUACAUCGCAGCGAAGAACGUGCUCAAAGAGGCUGUCUCCUGGAGUGGAGAGAUGGAUGACGGAACCGGCCGGCGCAUCGUCAUCCUAAAGCACCUUUUCUCUCCUGAAGAGGCUGAGAAAGAAGGAGCCGAAUUCUAUACCGAGCUGGCGCAGGAGGUCCAGGAGGAGUGCGAUAAGAUCGGACAGGUUCUCCGCGUCACACCCAUCGAGCAGCACCUGCAGGGCAUCGUCUGCGUGAAGUUCAAGCUCUCCAGCGAAGCCGAAGAGUGCAUUCGCGUCAUGGAUGGCCGAUACUUCGGUGGCCGUACCGUUGAGGCAGCCUUCUAUGAUGGCAAGACCGAUUUGAAGGCCUUCGGCGUGAAAUCGGCCAGAAAGGCCAAAGCGAGAGCGGAGCCAAAAGAAGCGCCGCAGUCUCUCGGGCAAGCGCCGGGCCCCGCAGCCGGCUCCCACGACCUCAAUGAGUCUGCCACGCUCCCUGAGGAGGCGGCCGAAGAGACACCCGAUUCCGCCCAAGGGGAGGCCGAGGAUGUGAAGGGCGCAUCCAACAAGAUCCAGGAGGCGUACGAUGCAAUGUUUGAGGACCAGUCCUCUGACGACGAGGAGCUCAUGGUUCGGACGGAAUGA